CGCAAUUUCAGUUUACCUUUAGACUUCGAACAUAACUGAAGUGCGUCGGUUGUCGUUGUCAACUUGCACGCUGUGGAAUGUUGCGUAGAUUAUCAGCUGUUUAUGUUUGAAACAGAUCUGUAUAGUGACGACAUCCAUUGGAGCACCAUUGCAACAAAACACAAUUUUCGGUGAAACGCGACGAGUUCGAUAGUGUUCAGCGAUGAAGAUCGGCAACUUAAUACUAAGUAUAUUGGAUCCCUUCAAAAUAAUUCGAAAUUAUCUGCUAAAACCCUUAGCGGUUACUGGAAUAGUAUUCGCUGAAGAGUACCGACGAAAAACAAGUGCUGGUGCGAAGUUGACAAAAAAUGUAGUCUUGAAAUUGAUAGUGCUAGUGUUGCUCGGACUAUCGGUAGUGUGGGCCUCGAUAUUCAUGUACGCGUACUUCUACUACACAUACAUGCCAACCGUGUCGCAUAUCCAAGAUGUGCACCUCAGCUAUAGGGAUUGUUCCUCAGAAAAGGAAUGCUUGCAAUAUCCAACAGAUACUGUGAUACUAACGAAAAAUCAACAGCUUCUGAUGGUGGGCCAACCAUAUCGAGUGAUACUACACAUCGAAAUGCCAGAAUCGGAGCAAAACGAUAAGACAGGUAUGUUCACCGUCUGUGGAACAAUGCACGACCAUUUGUAUGAGUUCUCCAUGAAGUCCUGUCGACUCACAAUGAUACACUACAAAUCGGGCCUGCUCAAAAUGCUCUCGACGAUCUUUUUGACUCCCUUCCUCAUUCUGGGAUACCGAGAGGAAAAACAAACGGUAUCGGUUGAGCUCUUCACCCAUUUCGAAGACAGUCAGGCACAUCCAGCUACCAGCGUGGAUAUAAGAAUUCUCUCGCGGGACAUUCAGUUCUACUCAGCGCAGUUACACAUUACAGCAAAUUUUUCUGGAUUACGGUACCUAAUGUUCAAUUGGCCAGUUUUAUCAGCUUUGAUUGGAAUUAUUUCUAACUUGUUUUUCAUCGUGAUAGUUUGUAUUCUUAGCUGGUAUCAUUGGGACGAUACUGAAUGGAUAGUCGAAAUCAAAGGCAAAUAUCAGCAAAUCGUGGGGAGAGCAAAAGCCAUAGAAGGACCAAAACAACCGGAAAAACUACUCGGAGACGACAAAAAAAUCUAUGAAAUUGAUGAAAUUUCGGGUUUCAAAGAAGAUAUAGACUUAACGAAUUAACGCAGAGGAUUUUUCUUCGCAGUUUAUAUAUUAGUUUUUGUAUUAAAUGUUGCUCCCUCAAAUAUACGCAUGCCAGGUGGAAGCAGAUCUAUACAUAUAUGAGUUUGAUAUGCA